CUCUCUCUCUCUCUCUCUCUUUGAAUGUGUUUCAUAUUUUGAUUUUUUUUUUGCCAGCUCUCUCCUGUUUUCUUUGUGAUCUUUAAUCUCGCUGUUAUAGCAUUUCAUCUUUGAUUGUUUUUUUUAGGGAAAACAAAGUGAAAAUCAAUAUAUAUUUGAUCGGAAUCGAAUCGUGUAUGAACUUAAUAUAUUAUUGAUUUUGGAUUUAGUUCUGAACUCAGGUUCUGUUGGAUUAAUAUAGUAGUAAUGUUUUUUUUUUUUUUUUUUCAUUUCAGAGCUAAUUAGUUUUGUAAUUGGUUUAGCUUUCUUUAGCGGUCCAUUGCUUUAGAUUUGGCUUAUUACAAUGUAUAAUUUUGUGAAUUUAACCUUUUAUGUUUGUUUGUUAAGUUACCAUCACUUUAGGUGUUGUUGUUUCCAUAUUAUGUAUGCAUGCAUCUAUUUCUUACUAUCAAUGCAUACGUGAUGAUUGGAAUGGAAAGAAUUGCAACUAGAUACUUUAAUCAUUAUAUUUUAACUUUGGCUCCCAUAGGCACCAUGUCCCGUAUUCAGCCCUCACUUCAGAAUUCUGGUUUUACCAUCCACAAUGCUGGAAGGAGCUCUGAAAGUAGGCUUUUGAUUCAGAGCUUAACCAUGGGUGAGAAGCACAUGGAUUCUCGUUCCGCCAAGUGGAAACGAACACAAGUAUCAUGUCAGAAAACAGCUGAACCCAUCAGCCUCUCCAAGUCUGAUGCUUCCUUGCAAAGCUUUCCUAUGGAGAAAAAUCCUUCGCAAGCUGCGAGUUUUCCUUAUGGAUUUGAGGCUUUGGUCACAGAGGUAUGUGAUGAGACUCAGAUUGCUGAAUUGAAAGUAAAGGUUGGAGAGUUUGAGAUGCAUAUGAAACGCAACAUUGGAGUAGUCAAAGCUCCUUUAUCCAACAUUUCACCAACUACAGCACCACAUGUUCCGAGUAAACCCAUGGUGGAAUCAGCACCUGCUACCCCAGCACCAUCACCACAACCACCAAAAUCAUCUCCAGGGAAGACCAAUCCAUUUCUGAAUGAUGCCACCGUGAAGUCAUCAAAGUUAGCAGCACUGGAUGCUUCUGGUCCCAAUACUUAUGUCCUCGUGUCAUCCCCGACGGUUGGUUCAUUCCGAAGAGGUAGGACAGUGAAAGGGAAGAAGCAGCCUCCUAUCUGUAAAGAGGGUGAUUACAUCAAAGAAGGCCAAGUAAUAGGGUAUCUGGAUCAGUUUGGCACUUCACUUCCUGUUAAGUCAGAUGUGUCUGGAGAGGUGUUCAAGCUACUCUUUCAGGAUGGAGAGGCUGUUGGUUAUGGAGAUCCUCUUAUGGCUGUCUUGCCUUCAUUCCAGAAUAUCAAGUGAUGAGUCAUGUGGCAUCAUUUGUUGAGCAGCUGAUAUGACAAAUUCAUUUGUAGUCUGGUUAUUCUUUCUUUUCGGCCGCAAAUAAGUCAAGAAAUAAUGAAUGGUACUGCUAUAUUGGGCAAGGAAUCCUUUAUAAGAAUUUGCACGAGUUGUAGAAAAAAUAGACAUUACAAGGCAACUUCUAGUUCUAUAGUGCUUUAGCUUGCUUAGAGAUAUUUGAACCAGCAUUGCAACAAUGUGCAAACAUUUCCUUUUGCUGAAUGAUGUCAGAGCACAUAAAUAACCUACUGAUCACUGAUCACAUCUACUGUGUCCAUAUAUAGUUCUUAAUACAGCGGGAUGAUUGUGAACAAA